AUAGGAAGAUGUCAAAGAAAAUCAAAGAAUCCGAUGAAUCUCGACUCUCUAAACCUGGAAAAGAGGAGAUGAAAGGAAAGCAAGUAAAGAAGAUAGAAGAUCCUGUCUCAUCCACAAGUGGAAUGGAGCAAGAAAAAGGAGAGGACUUUAAAGGAAAGCAAGAAAGAAAGAUUGAAGAUCCUGUCUCGAGCACAAGUGAAAUGGAACAAGGGAAAGAAGAGAAAUUGGAAUUAAAGCAAGACAGAAAGAAUGAAGAUACCCCAGUGAGACAGAAUAUAUGUAUGGAGGAUGAUGAAAUCCCUUCAAGUCAACGAUGAAAACACCGAUAUCGUAUGUUUAACGAAGCGAAGAAGUUAAGAAAACGAAAACAUAGCUUCGUCAGGAAAAAUG